AAUGAACUGUGUUGUCGUAGAGCAGAGCGUUGCAGCACUCUCCGUUUUUCUUACAUAAUUCCAUCUCCAGCACCUAGAUUUACCUGCAUCGAUGUUAUCAGACCAAUAUUCCAUCCAGAUUUAUUUGCUUGGACAAAUUAUUCUAAUCCGAUGGAUAGAGUUGUAUGAGUACGUGAGGCAAGCGGUCUUAGGUAGGCAUCCGUUUUGAAGCAAGCACGGCGGUCUCGUCUCUGCUUGUCGUACUUGAGUUACUAGAAGUAGAUAUAAACGCAAAAGGGAAGAAGACCCUAACGACCUCUGUCAUUCAUUUUGAAUAAAGGCGAUUCUACAACAAUAUCUAGUACGUAGAUACUAUCUAUCUUUUUCCAUUGAGAAUACACAAUAUAUCACAAGAAGAUGCUAUUCCGGACUCGUAGUCGUAGAGGUUAUCUCUACGCAGCUGCGUUGACGUUGAGCUUUGGGACCUUGGGAGGAACGGCGGUGCGCACAAAUGCGCCCCCUCAGCUGCCUGCUUGGAAACACAAAGUACGGAUUGGAGGGCGCACGCGAUUCUCUGCGGCUAGCAGUGUGACGUCGAUGGACGAGAGCGUCACGGACGUCGCGGGUGAAGACUCCCCGUGUUGGGUCAACGACUCCUUGGAGUUUCGAGACUUUGUAACAUGUAAUCGAGUGAUCACUGUGAAGGCGGUGGACGAUGGUGAGCACACUCUUGCUGAUGUUCUUCGUCAAGGCUUCAAGCACUUACAGCAGAUGGAGGCCGCGUCGUCACGGAGUUCUCCGAAAUCGGGUAGUAAGAAUAUCAAAGCUUCUACUAUGUGUGGAAAUGCCAAUAAUGCACGUUGUGGGCGGCCUGCUGCACUUCGGUCAGCAGGGGAUAAUAGAGCAAAUGGAGAUGGACAUGUGGGUGGUGGAGGCUUUGAAGAAGCGUCUCAAAACCAACGUCUUCAGGGUCCGCCGGGACAGCAGUUGCAAGGUGAAGAAAAAGCUGUGAAAGAGGAAAGGCAGCUGCAAAUCGACGCUGAUGGUGAGGAUCAUGAAAAGCGUGAAGUGUUGGAUCUGAACAAGCUCUUUGUGUUUAAGGCGGUAAUGGGCGAAAAUGAUGCGACAGUCACGAAAAGCGAGCCUCUGCCUCUAGAGAAUACCGUCGUGGAAAACUUACAGCUGCCUCAGCGAUUCCUUCUCCUGCUGGAUUUAGACAAGCUACUCGACGCGGACGCUGAACAAAAAUCUAAGAUUUACAUGCAACCGCUUUCCAUGCUAGAAAGCGUGCCACAGGAAGUCUGGGCAGCAGUAUCUCUUCACUUAAACUCAGUUUGCUACAUAUUUCCCUCUUCGUCUUCCUGGCUAUGCAAGUUCUGCUGACAUACAUGCAUUACUUAAGUCUUACAUAUUUUUCAACGAUACGGACAGCGGCAUUUUUGUAAAAUAUAUUUAUACUUAGACGAGACCGCGUGCAUCUUGCCCUAUCCCUUUCAUAUACUUCAAUAUCGAACAACAGGUCCUGCCAUUGAAUCAGGAGGGGGAGCAGACGAACACAAAGACUUCAUUGAUCACACCAAACAUCUUCUGCAUGUACCGAAGAGUGGCUGCGCCUGCGCGAGAUACCGGGCCACCUGCAAAGCGCCAGUUUAGUUUCCAAACUCGGUUGCGUGCGGUUAUGUGCAUCCUUCGACAGAUUGAGGCAUUUGCUGGACUGGAUGGCGUUGAGACAAAACGGCAUACGCGAAAGAUUAAUGCAUUGUUUUUACGUGUGCAAGAGUGGGUGUCUAGUAUGUUGACGCCUUCCACCUCUGAUGUGACUGUGAGUGCCACCAAGAGAGAGGCAGAGGUCUUGAUCUUGAAGAAACUUCGCAACGAAAUGCCCACCCAUCUGCGCGAUGCAGUACUGUUCCAAAAACUACGGAGUGAUUGCGAGGAGAUUCUACACAAGCGCGACAACUUGCAACCAGUUAUGACCAAUUUUACCUAAUUUCGCGACGCUCGAACAAAGACGACUUCGUAGAAAACGAAUUGCGCAUCAUCUUAAUUAUUUGAUGGGAUUAUCUGAACAUUUAGAUUUGAAAAGUAGUGGUCGUUUUUGCUCUAAUCUCGAAGCAAAGGGCAAUACUGUCACACCUGGUGAGACGUUUUCCCCCUCUCUGCAGCAAGCACAGAGGAGCGAGGUUGCAGAGAAGUCCGGUCAUGAUGCGAAAACGGAAAAUUCGCUUGCGGAACCUGUUGUAAGCGGUGCAACCAAAAAGAAAUUGCUUGCUGAAGAUGAUGCGGACGAGUGUGAGGUUCAAAUUAUGAACGCAGCUAUUCAACAUUGUCUUACUGUAUAUCUAUAUUCUGCAAUGAUAAUACUUUCAUCUACUCCUUGUCUUUCUGCCUAGUCGUGGAGUAGUAGUUCUCUGUUAUUUUUGUAUUCUGUGCUUGUCGGUCUCGGUUACUUGCGUAGUAAAUUGCACGUGAACCGCAAAGGAUAUUACUGCUAACUACAGGCAAAAAACUGUAAGCAAAAUUGAUUAGGUGGGAGAUCCUAGCUCCUGAGGACAAGGAUUAAGCAGGACUAAUUUAUUAGUUUUUGUGGCUUCAAGUACAAGUUGAAAAGAAUUUCAGAAUGAAUCUAUGUUUACGUGUAGCUGUUUAUGUUGUAAAGAUUGUGAUCGGUUUCACUUUUGCAAGUUGAAAACGUUACACUUAUAUUAUAUUAUAUUAAUAUUAUAUUACGUUAGGUUGGACCACAGGAACGCAGACUGCUAAGAAAGUCGCGUGUAGUUUCUCGGUGAGAAACGCCGAGAGUGAUGCGAAUGGAACUCACAGCCUGAGACUGACUAUCUCUGGCUGGUUUGAUCCCUGUGAGUAUUCCUGGGGGUUGCAAAGGGGAGGCCUCAGCUUCUUCUUUGGGAUAUCAUGAUGGGGAGAGUUUCGGGCGCUCAUAUGGGAACCCCUUCGCUUUUGCUAUGUGUCAUCAUUAAUCUCGUACGGAACGGUCAUCGUUGUGCUCUAUCGUUACCCAUCUGGAUCUGAUUGAACUUAGUGGAUGGAUAUGCAUCAGAUCACAUUCACACGAGACCCAUUCCGGGAAUACCUUGCGGCGAUCUUUAUGCGUAUGGAACUGAUCAGAACUGACAAGACGAAACGGACCUCGUUACAGCUAUGAACGUUCGCCGCCUCUGCUAUCUGAAGACGUUGAAGGUCCUUUGUCUGUUGGUCAUUGGUUUGGGAACCAUAUGCGUUGAGGUCUAUGGGUUUCCUUGAGAUCUUUCCGGUGGUGCUUGUCCUUGAUCGUACUGAGAGACUUGAAACAGUAAACAAGAGAGAGAGGAGAAGCCAGAGACACCCGCGCGACGGUAAACCCGUCGGGCGUUUGGAUAGUGCUCCGGUAACCUUUUGCCUGGCGAUCUUGGUCAUUUCGUUGAUCUUUAUCCUUUGGAUCUUUGUGGAUCUUUAUCAAGUCUCAAGGAUUCCGAUCAUGGCCAACGUAUUAUAUGAUAUUACGUUGUGUUAUCUUAUAUUAGAGUAGUUUAUAGACGCUGGGCUACGCUGGGUGGCUGGGCGGCCUCGCUGGGCACGCUGGGCGGCAACGCGGGGCACGCUGGGCGGCAACGCUGGGCACGCUGGGCGGGCGCAUGGAUGGCGCUUAGCGGACUCGAGGGCCACACACUGGGUGUGCCGAGCCUCCGCGGCCGGUGGAUUUACUUGCGCCGCGGGGACGCGGUGCAGCGCGUCCUCCCCGUGAGGACAAACAAAGGCGGCGCGCCGCCCUCAUUCAAGGUUCAGAACAGCGCUGGCGCAGUGCUGCGCCAGUUUGCGCAGCAGCGGGCUGCGCGGCACCUGCUCUGUUCAGGCUUGCACUGCGUUGCGCUGCACUGCGCUGCUCGAUGCGUGCAAUGCUGCGCCGCUCCUGUGCACAACGGUAAACUCGCCGCCGUCGUUGGCCUUGCCCUACGCUAGACUAGCGCCGCCGGUGGGGUUCUCAAGCGGGCGCCCGGAGGGCGCCCCGCAAUUGGAGACGCCCAGCGUCACGCUGGGCGCAGAAUUCGGCAGAUCUGGCAGAUUUGGGUCGCCCAGCGACCCAGUGUGCCCAGCGUGCCCAGCCCAGCCAUGUUGGGAACCCUUAUAAACUGUUCUAUUAUAUAUAUCACGGCGGCUUCCCUUAGAUGCGAGGACCCACCCCCUUGUUGCUCCCCGCCUGGAGUAAGUAUGGGGGUGGGACGCCAUAGGCUGAAGCAUCCUGUUAAAUUAGAGUAAGAAUAAAUUAGUUUAUCUGCUCUUGCCUUGCGUUUUAAACGUCCGCGACCUUUCGUUAGAGGGAAAGAGUGUGAGGGUAAAGGUACUCGAAUUGAAACGAGUGAUACAAGAACUUGUCUCGACAACAACUGGGUUAAGGGGUAAACUACACUUAAACAUGCAUGCAUUAUAUUAUAUUAUAUCAUAUUAUAUUAUUCUAAUAUGGAAACUCAUAGUGGUGCUGGUGCCAGCAGUGGAGUGAGGACUGCGGCAACGGCAACAAGUCCAGCAGGAUUUUGUCUGCUUCCUGACACUCCACGGAGUCCACAUGAGCCUGGAGUCCAGAUGAGCCUGUGCAGACAAGCGCCACAUGAUUAAGGCCCAUAUCUAAAAAGCUUCCAUAGGCUUAGGCCUGUCUUUUCCCUUUGAUUUCUUCUUUGUAGGUGCUUGGCGGCCUUCGUAUACACUUGUUCAAGGUAUAAUUGGUGCAUUAAGAUUGUGUCUUGUUGGCAGGAUGAGACGCCAUAAUUAUGAUGAUGACAAUGGACUAGGAGUAGGACUGAAGAUGAAGAUCAUGUAUUAUAAACUACUUAUAACUAUCCAUCGUAUGAAUUCUAAUUUGAGACGAGGAUCAUCGAGAAAAAAGAGGCAGAGCAACGUAAUGCGGGGCUAUUGGAAACUUUUCAAAGACUUGGGAUCUCGUGCAAGCGGAUUCUAUAGUAGGGGAGCCACAUCAUUAUCUUCAGGGGAGCAGACACGUUUUGUGACUUAUUCUGUAGGCAGUUAUUCUUACUUACAUCCAACAAAACGUUCUCAUAAAUUCCCGAACUGAUAAUUGUGACUUUUUUCUUCGUUUUAUCAUCACUGAAUUAUGCAAAAUCGUAGUUAAUUACGGGGCGAUAAUUUUAGAUGAACAUGUAGUAGCUGCUGGACGACGGAGACCCCUGUGUUUUUUUACGAAAUAUAUUGGUAUCAAAUGGACUUUUCAAAAACUUCGAGCCGCAGUCACGGUGGGUGUUCGUGUUGCACUUUGCUUGGAACUGUACCACUUGAACAUCUAUCCGUGUAUGGCUUGCACGCACAUUGUGAAUCCGGUCGUGAGUACUGAUCCAUUAUCAUUAAUUAAGUAAUACAUGGGAUUUACAUUGACUAGAGUAGUCAACCUCAACUCAUAAGUAGUACACUAAAACAUGCUCAUGCUUGAAGUUUAACAAGACCGAGAUAGAAUGUCUUUUUGGACCAG